AUGAGCCCCGCCAGGAAGGCGGCCGCGCGCCAUUCCUGGGGAGACCCGGGCUCCGCCCAAGGCCCCUGGUGCCGCGUGCAGGGCCCCCGCUCUGUUCAGCAGCAGACUGGCCGGCGCCCACGGCCCCGCAACCGCAGACCGGAUCAGCGUCCGGAAGCCGGCCCAGCCAGCGCCUCGCGGCUCGUGUCUGCCCAGGGGGUGCUGGACUCUUCCCGAGCCCUCUGUCCGCGGGGCCGAGGCCCGCCCCUCGUAGACCGCUGCCGCCUGCCCUGCACGGCAGUGACGGUGCUGGCCGGCCCCCCGUACCCCCCAGGCUCCGGGUUCGGGGCGGCCACCAAGGCCAUGUGCAUAGGCAUGCGGUACUGGGAGCCGGGGCAGCUGCGGACGCUGGUGGAGGUCAGCGUGGAGUGCGGCUGGAUGACCCACAGCCACCCGGCGGGCUUCCUGGGGUCCCUGUGCACCGCCCUGUUCGCCGCCUACGCGGCCCAGGGAAAGCCGCUGGAGCAGUGGGGCCGCGACAUGCUGGGGACCGUGCCGCUGGCGGAGCAGUACUGCAGGCGCGCCCUCCCGCGCCAGGAAGAGCGCCAGGAGCACUGGUUCUACUUUGAGGCUAAGUGGCAGUUUUACUUGGAGGAGAGAAAAAUCGGCGAAGGCGCGGACGGCCCAGCUGCCUUUCCCGACCACUUUGACGCCGAGGAGAGGGACAGGGCGAGUGUCCGACGGGAGGCGCGGGCGGGAGGGCGCGCCCUGUCCAGAAGCCCCAGCCCCCCUGCUGGGGACACCCCGCGCCUGCGGGCUGCGGGCUUGGCAGCCCCCACCCAGCGGAACAUGCACUAGAGUUUGAAAUUUUGAU